AUAAGCAUUCAGUGGAAUUCUAUCCAUCAAAAAUUUCACAUAUCGCUUGGAACCACUGGUCCUAAUUCUGGAUGUAGUAACUGCCACAAUAUUAUUCUUCACCAGCUGCAAGAGAUGUUCAAUAAAAUACCAAACGUGGUACAAUUAUUGCAGGUACUGUUUGAUACUCAGCAGCCGUUAACUGCUAUCAACAAACUUCCCACUGUGCCAAUGCUAGGCCUCACUCAACGAAUAAACACGGCCUACCAAUGCUUUUCUAUCCUCCCUCAGUCGCCCACUCACAUCCGUUUGGCCUUUAGAAAUAUGUAUUGUAUAGACAUCUACUGUAAAAGUCGAGGUGUUGUAGCAAUACGUGAUGGAGCUUACAGUCUCUUCGACAACAGCAAAAUAGUUGAAGGAUUUUAUCCUGCACCAGGUCUAAAGACUUUCCUUAAUAUGUUUGUUGACAGCAAUCAGGAUGCGCGGCGGCGGUCAGUCAAUGAAGAUGAUAACCCACCAUCCCCUAUCGGUGGUGAUAUGAUGGACUCAUUGUUAUCCCAGCUGCAACCACAGCAGCAAUUUUCAAAGCAAACGGGAACAUCAGGUGCAUAUCCUCUUACUUCACCACCUAACUCUUAUCACAAUACAGUUGCCCCCUCUCCCAACAUGAUGCACUCGCAGUCACCAGGAAAUCUGCAUGCCGCCAGUUCUCCUAGUGGCGCACUCAGAGCACCUUCACCUGCAUCCUUUGGUCCAACCCCAUCACCCUCUUCCCUAGGAAUUUCAAUGGUUCAGACUGCAAACUUUGCUAGCCCUCAUGGUACACUAGACCCAAGUUCUCCGUACACCAUGAUGUCACCCAGCCAGCGUGCAGGGAACUGGCCAGGGUCACCUCAAGUAUCUGGUCCCUCUCCAGCAGCUCGUAUGCCUGGAAUGUCACCAGCAAAUCCAUCUCUCCACUCUCCUGUCCCCGAUGCGUCUCAUUCCCCUCGAGCUGGAACAAUGAGUACAGUUACACAAUAUAGGUUUUGUUCCACCUCACAGGGUGGUAAAGUGCAUUUAGAAAGCAGGAAGAUACAUCAGUAA